GGAGCCUCGGGGAUCGCUGUCUUCUCAGCCCACGCGGGCCGCGCCUCUGCUGCCGCCACCGGAGACCGGGCGAGAGCGUCCGCAGAGCCCGCGCGCCGGUCCUGCCUGCGACUAGCCCAACACCCAGGGUGGAGAGGGAGAGUUGGAGCCGGAGUUCCCUCCGCGCCGCCAGGACACAUCAGCCUGGUCUCGGCCACCGCCGCGCCCGCCGACCGCCCUGGAGCCGCUGAAGGACGUCCACCUGGGCCUGGCCCCGCCCGCCCGCGGUCCCGCUCGCCUGGCCCUCCUCUCGGGCCACUACCUUUACUAUCACUACGGCUGCGACGGCUUGGACGACCGGGGCUGGGGCUGCGGCUACCGCACCCUGCAGACGCUGUGCUCAUGGCCAGAGGGUCGGCCCGCGGGCGUGCCCGGGCUGGCCGAAGUGCAGGCGGCCCUGGAGGACAUGGGCGACAAGCCCGCCGGGUUCCGGGGCUCCCAGAGCUGGAUCGGUUGUGUAGAAGCCAGUCUCUGUCUCGACCACUUCGGAGGGCCCCAGGGGCGCCUAUGUCACAUACCCCGUGGAGCAGGGCUUCAGGGGGAACUGGAGAGGCUUUACUCCCACUUCGCAGGGGGCGGGGGGCCUGUAAUGGUUGGGGGGGAUGCGGACGCCCAGUCCAAGGCCUUGCUGGGGGUUUGCCUGGGAUCAGGCACGGAAGCCUAUGUUCUGAUAUUGGACCCUCACUUCUGGGGUGCCGCGAAAAACCCUAGUGAACUACAGGCUGCUGGGUGGGUGGGAUGGAGAGAGGUGGGCACAGCCUUUGACCACAACUCCUUCUACAACCUGUGUUUGACCAGCCGCAACUCCCAAAAGCAGCAGCACGCACUGGACUGAGGCUAAGGUCCCAGAACUGAGAGGUCUCUGGCCCCAAACACAGUCACCUACCCCCUUUGUGAAACGUAAAAGCUACUCUGGGCCUUUGAAGUCCAUAAAAUGGAUGGCCCGAGCCCAUCUUGGCGGGGGG